CGCCACCGCGCACCACACGAGCCGAGAGGCGCAUGCACAAGGCCUCCACCCCACCUACGGCUAGCCGGCCGGCUGCGCCGGUGACGCGCGCGUGCGCCUAGGGUCCACGCCCCGCCGUUCCCCGCCUUGGGCCGUGACGCACAUGCGGCCGCCAAGAUGGUGGUGGGCGCGUUCCCCAUUGCGAAGCUGCUGUACCUGGGCGUGCGGCAAAUCAGCAAGCCGCUGGCCCAAAGGAUUAAGGAGGGGGCGCGCCGGAGCCAGUUCUUCCGGACCUACAUCUGCCUGCCGCCCGCUCAACUGUACCACUGGGUGGAAAUGCGAACAAAGAUGAGGAUCCUGGGCUUCCGAGGAGCCACAAUUAAGCCCCUGAACGAGGAGGCUGCUGCGGACCUCGGGGCCGAGCUGCUGGGGGAGGCCACCAUCUUCCUGGUGGGCGGCUGCUGCCUGGUCCUGGAGUACAUGCGCCAGUCGGCCCAGUCCCGGAGAAAGGAGGAGGAACAGCGUAACGUCAUGGAGACCGUGCAGCAGGAGCUGGGCAUUCUCCUCUUGACUGUGGAAACGCUGGAAACUAAGAAUAAGGAGCUUGCCAGGCGCCUGGGUGCCAUGGACGAGCUCCACACCCAGGUCCACGAGCUCAAGGAACUACUGAACAAAAGCAAGAAAUAGGGGGUUCCCCACUGCCCAGUCCAAACCCCGGCCCCAUGGGAGACGGGGGACCGUGGCCGGGGUGCUGCCGCCAUCUCCCCCUGCACACAGCCCCUUCUGGUGGCGUGUGGUUGGAACCCGAGAGAGGUUUCUCCCUGGGCGGGGAUGGUGGCCGGGCCAUCUCCCCCCUCCCCCACAGGGCACCCCCCUUGGGACACACCCUGCCUGGGGGCACUUGUCGGUCCUGUGUGACAUUUCACAUUUCCUCCCCUCUGCCCCUGCUCUCCUUUGGUUCUAUCUUCUUGUGGCGCUGGCCAUACUUUCCACUCUGUUUCCUUGCCCUCCUCCCGGGAGUAAAGAACUGGCCAGAGUGCUCCUAGCCCUGGGCCUGCCCCUUCUAGGUCCGCACCCCUCGGACCCAUCCCGGGGUUGGCGCAGCUCCACAUUUCUGCCCCGCACACUUGGGAAUGUCCACGCCGCAGCGUGUUGCCAUGCUGAUCUCGGCACGGGGCUGGCCCCAGGCGGCCUUGGGUCUGCCCUCCCAGCCCAGCUGCUCUGAAGGCCCCUCUUCCUGGGGAACUGCACCCCCACCCACGAUUCCCCUUCACAUUCUUUCCUGGUCUCUUCCGGAUGACAUUGGACACGGAAAGACCAUCCUUGGGGCCCUCGGUUGAGGUCAGCAUCGCCCCGGGCCUGCCUUAGCUCCCAAGUGAAAUGGUCCAGCAGAGCCCUUUGUGCUCCCAGGCCAGGCAGAGCCCUGGUUUCCAAGUGCCGAGCUUGAUGGGGCUUCUCUGGCUCCCCUUAGACCACCCACCACACUUGCGCUCUCUCCCUCCCUCUGUCUGUCUCCUUGUCUCCCCACCUAGCGGGAGUGUCGGUGGCCCCUCCUGCCAUCCCAUUCCACCUUCCCCCAGGGAGGAACGGCUCAUGGGGUUGGAAGGAGAGGCUGGAGAGGGAAGGGGUCCCCCAGGUCUGAUUCUGUUUUUUAUGACUCAACAGUUCACAAUUAAAGCAGGGGAGGGCCGUGGCCUCGGAAAUCA